UACGUUUGACUGUAACUUCCACAAACAGCCUCCGAUUUGCCCGAGACUGAACAUCACAUCACCAGUUUGGUAAAGAUAGAGUAUCUCCUAGUGGUGAGACGUGUAAUGGUGGGCUCAGAGGGGAUGCUGAGUCAGGGUGAGGUGUGGACGAGGAGGCCGUUCACGGUUUCUGGUGGCGGGGUGGUUGACUUUCUGUUCUGCCAGACGUGCCCUGGUGCCCCCGGCUGCCGGACAGGAUGGAGAAGCGCGGAGCUGGGUUUGGAGAGGGUCGGGGAUGGAGCGGAGGGGGUGCGGAAGGAGGGCGAGCAGCUUCGCUGCGAGGGCCGAACGACGCUGCUUGCAGCUUUAAUUUGAAUUGCUUUUAUUUUUGAUUUAUUCACCAUAUUUAACUUUCUCUUGUACCAUGUUCAGCGCCUUGGGCUUCUCGACAGGGUUGCGGAAGGCGCUUUAUAAAUAAAGCUUUAAUUGAUUGAUUGAAAUGAGACAAAAUAGAUAAAAACUCUGCUCAUGGAUACAAGUUGCAUUUGUUAUACAUGUUUGAACAAAAAAGGAACAAUAAUCAUCUAACACUGAUAACAAUAAAAUAUAUAUGAAACUAAUUUCUGCUCUCUAAGCUUCACAGCCAGCCACAUGGUGGCACAGUGACACAAAGGUCAAAUGUUUGAAUCCCAGCUGGCUGAAGCCAUUCUGUCUGGAGUUCUCCCCAAGCGUGUGGGGGCUUCCUCCCACAGACCAAAAACAUGCAGGUUGAUUGGAGACCCUAAAUGUUCCCUAGGUUUGAGUGUGUUUGUGUUUGACUGGUUAAUUGUCUCUAUGUGUCCUUUAUGGGAGACCUGUUCAGGGUCUCUCCUGCCUGUUGCCCAGUGAAUGCUGAGGAUAGACACUAUCUCCCUGCAACUGUAGUGAUAAAGGCGCUUCAGAAAAAGAGUGAGUGGUUGAAUUUGUCAGCUCAUUUGUUUGAAAUAAACAGAUUCUAAGUCAGAAAGAGUCAGAAAUGACCAUAUGGUUGGAGGAAUUUACCCAAAGGUUGUGUGGGAACAUAAUGGUAUACCUGUUUCCAGUCUUGUUCGGCUACUGUUCUUGGGAACUUGCCUGUGGGGGUUCUAACAUGCAUUCCUUUAAAGAUUUAAAUGCAUUUGGGAGCGACAGGGCAGGGGCUUUAAAAUCCACCUGUUCAGAGACACCUGUCAGUGUGCUACAGAGAGCCUGCAAGACAUCCCUCAACUGUUUCUGCAUCAUCAGAGACAAUUCUGCAAAGACCAUGGGACUCGUCAGCACAUCGAACUCAGUUUUUAAGGGAGUGGACCUCCACAGCAGGACCAACAACACUGAGCACCACACCAGUGAGAUCUCUGUGGAUCAGCUGAUUGUGAGGCGAGGCCAGCCCUUCAUCCUGACCCUGAAACUGGCUCAACCUUUCAACCCUGACCUGGAUCAGCUCACCAUGACAGCUGAGACAGGAAACUAUCCAUCUGAGACCCGGGGGACGAUGUCACGCUUUGGUGUCCCAAACAAAAUUCCAGCUUCAGCAUCCUCUAAGGCGGUGUGGAAGGCAGAACUUAAGAAGGGUUCUUCUCCUGAAACAGGAAGCUUGACUCUGACCAUCAAACCCCCAGCAGAUGCCCCCAUAGGGGAAUACAAGCUGUCUGCUAAACACAAGGAGGAGAAGCAGGUGCUGGCUAACCUGUCGGUGCUCUUCAACCCCUGGUGUUCUGACGACUGGGUGUUCCAGCCUGUUGAUGCACAGAGACAAGAGUAUGUCAUGAAUGAACACGGGGUCAUUUACAGAGGAAAUAACAGUCAGAUUUCUCCAUGUCAGUGGGAUUUUGCACAGUUUGAGGAGAACAUGGUGAAAAUCUGUCUGAAGAUUCUCGACCUCAGCGUCAAAUACAAGCGUGACCCAGCUGGUGAUGUUUCUGCUCGCUGUAACCCCAUCUACGUCGGCCGCAUCAUCACCAACAUGAUUCACAAUGAAAGCACAUUUGGCGUCCUGGAGGGGAACUGGAGUGGUAACUACAGAGGUGGGAUGAACCCCGCUUACUGGAGCAACAGCUACACCAUCCUCAAGCAGUGGUACGACACAUACUACAAAACGGUCAAAUACGGACAAUGCUGGGUGUUCGCUAGCGUCAUGUGUUCAGUGAUGCGCCUGCUGGGUAUUCCCUGCCGUGUCGUCACCAACUUCGAGUCUGCUCAUGACACUGACAGCAGCCUCACAAUCGACACCUACUUCACUGAUUGUGGUAGAGCGAAACCAUCUGGAGACAGCGUCUGGAACUUCCACGUUUGGGUCGAGGCCUGGAUGAGGAGACCCGACAUUGCCAACAACGGCAAAUAUGAUGGUUGGCAGGUUCUGGAUCCGACACCACAGGAAAAAAGUGAAGGUAUGUUCUGCUGUGGUCCAGCUCCAGUAGCAGCCAUCCUGAACGGAGACACUCGUCUGAAAUACGACGUCCCGUUUGUCUUCGCUGAGGUCAACGCUGACUGUGUUUCCUGGCUGAUCAAAGAAGAUGGUUCUAAGAUGAAACUAUUGUCUGACACUAAGAAGGUUGGACAGUGUAUCUCCACCAAGGCCAUCGGCUCCAAUAAAAGGAUGGAUCUCACUGAUGCCUACAAAUAUAGAGAAGGAAGUGAAAAGGAAAGAGCUGUCUUCGUGUAUGCUCUCUCGAGCCUGACGAACGGUGCUGGGGAAGAAGAAAACGGUCAUAUGAGAUCUACUAGACGUAUGGGUGCAGUAGACGACAUGAAGAAUGAUAAACCAUCUGCUCCUCCACCACAGCUGCACAUUCAGUUUGAAGAGGACUCCAGACCAGUAAUCGGUGAGGAUGUGAAGCUGAAGCUGGUUCUGAGCAGCGACAGCACCGUCACCAGGCUGCUGUCGGUCAACAUCAGCGUCCAGGCCAUGAGGUACACCGGCCAUCCAGCCGGGAACAUCCAGACUGAGGUGACGGAGCAGAAGCUGCUGCCUGGGGAAGAUCUGUCCAUCCCGAUCCUGGUUCCAUUCUUGACCUACCAGAAGUACAUGGUGCAGUGCAGAAACAUGACAUUUUCGACUAUAAUCACCGACCUGCAGAACAAAGAGAACAGAUACUUGGCCGAGCGCCACAUCAACCUGAUGGAUCCACCCAUCUCCAUCAACGUGACUGAUGAAGGCAGAGUGAACCAGCCGAUGACUGUUGAAAUGGUUUUCAUGAAUCCAGUAGAGGACACACUGAGAAACUGCACUUUGACUGUUUCUGGAAGUGGCCUUACGGAGGAAACCACUAUUAAACUUCAAGAUCUGCAGCAAGGCAGAAGGCUCCGCGUCCAGUUCACCAUCGUUCCCUAUCGGAGCGGAGAACGGACUCUCCUGCUUGACUUCGACUGCAGCUUGUUCAGAGACAUUAAAAAGAGCUGCUCUAUCUGUGUGCAAGCAUGACUUCAUCUCAUUUACUUUUCACUUGGAGGAAGGUGUUUAACGCAACUUUUUCUAUGCCUUUAUUACGAGACUUUUGCAAAAAAGCUCACAAAAUCUGUGUGUGGUCUUUCUGCAGCAUCAGAGUUUCAAUUCUGAUCCUGUUUUUAAUGCUUCCAGUGUGUUUCUCAACACCCGAACCCUUUGCAGGUGUUUUGAGUUCAUUAGCUAAUUAGAGUUUGCCACUGAGCCCAAUAGUCUGAUAUUUUGAAUGUAAGGUUUUCAUAAGCUGUAAGCCAUAAUCAUCACAAUUAUAACUAAUAAAGGAUUGAAAUAUC